AUGGCGCCGGCCUCCGGUUUCGUGGAGCUCAGACUGGAUUACUCGGCGACGAACGCCUCUGCCAUCGGCGAUCCCAUCAACUCCGACCUCUUCACCGCCGGAGGGCUAACCUGGAGGGUGAACUGCUACCCGCGCGGCGACAAGGCAGACAACAAUGGCGACUACAUCUCGCUCUACCUCGAGCUGAUCAGCAAGUCCAAGAACAUCAAGGCCAUCUUCGACGCCUUCAUGGUGGAUGAACACGGCAACCCGUCCGAUGGAUCGAACAGGUUAGUGCAGGUCUACCCACCCGCGGGCUAUCCCGCGUGGGGAUGGCCACGAUUCGUGAAGCGAAGCAAUUUGUCAUCGGUGUUCGUGGUGGAUGGCAAGGUCAGGAUCAUCGAGGAUGGUGCGGAUGUCACCUUCGUCGUCGUCGGCGGCGGCGGCGAGAGGUUCGCCGCUCACCGUGCCGUGCUCGCCGCCCGGUCGCCGGUGUUCAGGACGGAGCUCUUUGGCUGCAAGUCCGAAUCCACCUCGCCGUCGUCGUCGUGCAUUACGCUGCAGGGAAUCGAGCCGGCGAUAUUCAGAGCUCUGCUCCGAUUCAUCUACACGGACGAGUUGCCUGCAGACGCCGGCAAACUCCAUCAGGGCUCCUCGUCGACGAACGUGUUCUUCAAGCACCUGCUCGCCAUGGCCGACAGGUACGCGCUGGACAGGCUAAAGAUCAUGUGCGGACAGAGGUUGCUGGACAACAUGACGCCGGAUUCGGUCGCCGCGAUCUUGGUUUGCGCCGAGAUGUACAACUGCCCGGAGCUGAAGAACAAGUGCAUCGAUUUCUUUGCCGUCGAGGAGAAUUUCAGGAAGGCCGUGUUCACCGAUGGUUUUGCACUGCUCAUGCAGAAAUUCCCGGUCAUUGUUGCUGAGCUGAAGAAGAGGGUUGAGAAAUUGUAG